UCGGCCUCGCACACAAAAACCCCUUUUUUUUCAUUUCAGUCUCCCCCUUCCUUUUUCAAAAAGCCACAGAAGACGAAGAGGAAGCUUCAAUCAGUCGCAGAGAGAAAUUGAGAGAGAGAGAGGAAUGGCGGAGGUGGUAGAAGACAGCGAGGCUCCUUUGAAGAAGGAGGAGGAGGAGAGGAGCGAUAUGGAGUCGAAGAUAUUGGAUGCUAUGCGGGCACGAAUCCCACACUUCAAGGAACAAUCAGAUUCUUUGACCUUUGUGAAUGUACGAAGAGUAUUAGAGAAAGACUUGGGUUUGGAGCCAUCUGCAUUGGAUGCGCACAAAGGAUUUGUCAAGGAACAUUUAUUGAAGUGCUUAGAAGGCGCUGGUGAGGACAAUACCUCAAAGAGUUCUGGGCAGACUGAUGAAAAAAGUCUGAUUAAAGGGGAAGCAGCAGAUUCUAUUGAAGGGCAUGAAUCGAAUAAAGAUAUGAAAGAAACUAGCUCAGCAGAUGAGGAGAAGGUCGAAGACUCUCCUGCAUCGGAUCUUCUAACAGGGCAUAAAACAGCCAAAUCAAAAACUGAGGGAUCUAAAAGCUCCACCAACAAAAAGGCUCCAACUGAGGCUAUGAUAAAGUUAGCCCUUGGAAAAAGAGGUUCAUAUAUCAAAGCUAAUACCGAGAAGCUUACUAUGGGUGAACUUCGUCGAGUUUUAGAGAAAGAUCUUAAACUUGAGACAUAUAGUCUUGAUCCUUACAAGAAGUUUAUAAAUCAGCAAUUAGACGAGGUUUUAGAAUCUUGUGAAGAUCCUGAACCUGUCAAAAAUGUUAAGAAAAAUGUUAAGAAACCUCAGAGAAAAACAACUCCUGAGGAGAUAAGUGAAGAGAGUUCUGGUCCUGCAGAUAGUGAAACUGAUGAGGAAGAAGAUGUAGUGAAACCUAGAAAAAAAAGUGUUACAAAAGGUAAGAUGCAGAAUUCUGACGGGCUGAAGAAACGGAAAAGAUUGGCAAAGGAGACCAACAUCUCUGGAAAGAAGCGGAUCAAGUCUCUUAAGGCAGAUUCAGAGGAAAAAAGUGAUGCAAAGGACGGUGGAAAUGUGUCUGAAGAUGAAGAUUCUCAGUCAUCUGCUGAAAAACCUGUGAAGAAGAAAGAAGUUUCAACACCUGCGUACGGUAAACAGGUGGAGCAUCUAAGAUCAGUUAUCAAAGCUUGUGGAAUGAGCGUUCCCCCCUCAAUUUACAAGAAAGUCAAGCAGGUGCCUGAGAACAAACGUGAAGCUCACCUGAUAAAGGAGUUAGAGGACAUACUCGGUCGAGAAGGGUUAUCUUCCAGUCCCACUGAGAAAGAAAUCAAGGAAGUCAAAAAGAAAAAGGAGAAGGCUAAAGAGCUGGAGGGCAUUGACAUGAGUAAUAUUGUAACGAGUUCACGUAGAAGGUCCACGACUAGUUUUAUACCUCCUCCCAAGCCCAAAACACCAGUUGAUAGUGAUUCUGAUGCUGAAGAUACAGAUGAUGACAAUGAUGAGGAAGAGAAUGAGGUUGAGGACGAGGAUAAUAGUAGUAGUGAUGGCAACCAUAGUGAUAAGGAUGAUGGUGAUGAUGACAGUGAUUAAAUUUUGCAAGGAGUAGAUUUGCAGAAUACUAGCAAAUGAGAUUUAGUUUCUGUACCAUUGUUGUACAAUGUAGACCCAGAAUAGCAUUAUUAUGGUUGUGAGACCAAAUAGCAGUGGUGAAGUUUCACUGACAACUUUCAGUUAUAUUACCUGUAAACUACAGGCAGGAAAUUGCUGUCUUUGGUGGUUAAGAACAAUGCCCAUUACUUUUUAAGACUAUUUUCACAGUACGGAAA